AUGGUGGAUCCACAGACGGGGACCCGCGUGGAAUCGAAUGCUCCGGUCACAGCGCGCAAGUACCGUUCGAAAAGACAGCGACCCUGCGAUCUGUGCCGCAGCCGGAAAACCGUCUGCAAAGUCCUCAGUGGGAGUAGUGUCUGCGAAUUGUGUAAAAAACUGGGGAAGAGUUGCGCUUUCGUCUUACAGCCACUCCGAAAGCAGCCACCGCGGCCCCUACCCAGCGCGGGCCACCUUCAGACUCAUCCCUCACAAGACCGGAGAGCCUCUGGGAACACUCCAGAGGACCUAGUACGAUGCGAGGCACGCACUGUCGUUAAUGGGCCUGUGGAUAUUGCGUUUGAUGUCGACAUGUUCUUGGCCCCUGCGGCCACGGCUCAAACACCAACGUUCGACCAUCCAACUCCAUCGCUGAACACUAUCCACUGGCCGUUUCUGGAGUCUUUUGACGGUAAGGACCUGACUUUGCUCACGUGA